UCAAACUCUCACUCCAUAUCACUCUUUUCCUAAAAUCUUACUCACAAUAUAUUACCACCAACCCAUGGCUAUGGUGGUCCUCACAACCCUCUUGUCCAUGCUCACAGCCCUGCUACUUAAACUCAUCUAUGACAGCCUCUCAUGUUACUGGCUCACUCCCCUACGCAUCAAGAAGAUCAUGGAGAUGCAAGGUGUGCGCGGCCCGAAACCGCGCCUCUUCACCGGCAACAUCUUGGACAUGGCUUCCCUUGUCUCAAAAACAACCUCUCAAGACAUGAAAACCAUCAGCCAUGACAUAGUUGGUCGCCUUCUACCACAUUUUCUGGUCUGGUCCAGCCAGUUUGGAAAGAGGUUUCUAUAUUGGAAUGGAACAGAGCCAAGGUUGUGUCUCACUGAGACUGAUUUGAUCAAAGAGUUCCUUUCAAAAUGCAGCACAGUAUCUGGGAAAUCCUGGCAGCAAAGGCAGGGUUCCAAACAUUUCAUUGGGGAAGGGCUUUUGAUGGCAAAUGGUAAAGAUUGGUACCACCAACGUCACAUCGUUGCCCCUGCAUUCAUGGGAGACAGGCUUAAGAGCUAUUCAGGGCACAUGGUGCAAUGCACUAAGGAGAUGCUCCAAUCACUAGAAAAUGCAGUGGAGAGUGGAGAAACUGAGGUGGAGAUUGGCCAGUACAUGACCAAACUUGCUGCAGAUAUCAUCUCUAGAACUGAGUUUGGUACAAGCUACAAGAAAGGAAAGAAAAUAUUCCAUCUCCUCAAAGUGCUGCAGAGUCGUUGUGCACAAGCAAGUCGCCAUCUUUGCUUUCCAGGGAGCAGGUUUUUUCCAAGUAAGUAUAACAGAGAGAUAAAGGCUUUAAAGAUGGAGGUGGAGACUCUUUUGAUGGAGAUAAUACAAAGCAGGAAAGACUGUGUGGAAAUUGGGAGAAGCAAUUCUUAUGGGAAUGAUUUGUUGGGUAUUCUCCUGAAUGAGAUGCAGAAGAAGAGAGGGGAUGGAAAUAGCUUGAACCUGCAGCUGGUGAUGGAUGAAUGCAAAACAUUUUUCUUUGCUGGACAUGAAACCACUGCACUUUUACUCACUUGGACUGUUAUGUUACUUGCCAGCAACCCUUCUUGGCAAGACAAAGUCAGAGCUGAAGUUAAAAGGGUCUGCAAUGGGGAAACUCCCUCUGUGGAUCUACUCUCCAAACUCACUCUAUUGCAUAUGGUGAUCAAUGAAUCAAUGAGGCUCUACCCCCCAGCUUCAGUGCUUCCUAGAAUGGCCUUUGAAGACAUAGUUUUGGGUGACCUUUACAUACCUAAAGGGUUAUCAAUUUGGAUUCCUGUGCUGGCUAUUCAUCAUAGUGAAAAACUAUGGGGUAAAGAUGCAAAUGAGUUCAACCCAGAAAGGUUUACUUCAAAGUCAUUCAUUCCUGGCCGUUUUUUACCAUUUGCUUCGGGCCCUAGAAAUUGUGUUGGACAAGCAUUUGCUUUAAUGGAAGCUAAGAUCAUAUUAGCCAUGUUGAUCUCUAGGUUUAGUUUCACCAUUUCAGAGAAUUACAAGCAUGCCCCUGUGGUUGUCCUCACAAUUAAGCCCAAGUAUGGAGUUCAAGUUUGUUUGAAGCCCUUGGAGCCAUAAGACACACAUAUGCAUGGCCAAUUGAGAAAGAGGUUUUAAAUUGCAGUCCGCAACUACAAUUGCAGCAACAUAAAGAAUUUUGGAGUCCCUACAAUAAGAUUGUGACUGCAAUUGUGACCACAUCAACUCAAUUUUUUUCUGCAAUUCUACACUGCAAUUGCAAAUUUAAAAUCUUAAUUGUGAUGAAGAGUUGAGACAUGAGAGUUAGAGAGAGAGAGUAGAGAAAGACAUUUUAGUUUUUUGUUUUUUUUUUUAAUGUGGAGAGAUUUUUUAUAGGCUUUUUAUGCGGAGAGUGAGUUGUGUUCAUUUUGAUCUUGAUGAGCUUUGUUGUAGUAAUCUUUUAUUUCAUUUGCAACUUUUUCACAAUGAUGAAGAGAUAGAGAUGAAAUAAUGAUUGCAAGCAUUAGGAUAUGUAAAUUAAAAACUUGAAUAAAGGCACAGGGAUUGAGUUAGUUGGUCAAAAACUUGCACUCGAUGUAACAUAUGAGACAAUUAAAGAAAUAAAUUGGAGGAGCUGUACAGAUAUGUUUUAAAAAACAAA